AUGUACAAAUACACCCUCUUUUUAGCUCUCUUGAGCGUCGCCGCCGCGCAAAGUACUACCAGUCUUUUACUUAUUGGAUUUGAUCAACAAGAUAUUGUUGCUUCAAUCGUAGGAUCGGAUGCCACAGCAACAACUUUUGCUAUCGCCUGCGGUGAUCCUGACAGCGAUGAUUGUGGUGUUCCAACAUCUUUUACCUUUACCCAAGGACCCUCUACCAUCCAUUAUGAUUACCAUGAUACCGACGACGGAUCGGACGAAUCGAUCGGCCUGGGAUGUAUGGUGACCUCCUCUGACCACGGCGUAUGCACCGGAAGCAUGGUGGGCAACUUUGACGGCACCAGCACCAGCACUUCAUAUAGCACAUCUUUCAGCACCGGCGCAUCAGACUAUGUACAAUAUCAGGCAGUAACCAUCACUGCUGGUGCAGCUGGAAGCUCUGCGUCUACAGCCGCUUCGACAACGCAAGGAUCAUCAGAUGCAGUUUCUGCGACAAAGAGUGCAAGUGGGAGUGCAGCAUCUCAAACAUCUGGUAUGACAACUGCAACGUCGCCGGGGGCUUCAGGAACCAAGACUUCAGGAGCGUCGAGCUCGGCUGCUGCUUCUGCUUCUUCUGCUUCUGCUUCUUCUGCUUCUGCUUCUGGCUCUGCUGUAAGCACAGCAGGUAUGGCUAUGGUUACUGGCAGUCCUCGGUGGGUUUUGGGUGGUGCGGCCGCUGCACUGGCUUUGGCUGCGAUGUAA